AUGGAAUUAGAAACAUCUCUAGAAGAACCUGACGAAGAUGAAAAUGAAGAAUUUCCGCCAUUACCAUCAGAUAUUGAGGUACCAUCAUUUACAAAUACUCCAGACCUAUACGAUAAUCGACAUAAUCCUAUCGAUUUCGUAUAUUGCGCAUCACCACCGUUACCUUCACCGCCAACAUUCUCACCACCUGCACCACCACCACCGACAACAUCAGCAGGAACAAUGGAUCGAGUCUAUGCAAAUGCUCGUACAAUUUCUUCCAUUCGACACAAUGGUAGUUUAACUCCAAUACCAGUUUCGUUCGCUACUCAACAUAAGAAAAAAGCUCGAGCACCUAUUGCAUGUUCAUUUCAAAGUAUAUAUGUUAAUAUCCCAAUGUCACCGCCAUUACCACCGCCACCACAAUUAUCACCUCUGCACCUGACGCCUACACCUGUAAAACCGGUCAAUACAUCUAAUGAAGUUACAUAUGCGACAUUAAUGAACACGACAUCAUUGGUACCUUCGAUUUGUCCAGAUAUCACCCUCAAUCACGUAGAAUAUCAGCAAAUACAAAUUCAACAUGAAAUUGUUAGAGUAAAUUCUAAUCGAAUUUAUGAGAAUAUCAAAGCUCGUCGACCACCUCCACCGCCAUGUUAUUCGCCACCACCAGCAAUUCCUAUUGAGAACAACAAGUCACCACCAGAUCAGACCGUGAAUGAUCACGACUGCCUUCCAUCAUCGUUGUCGUCGACGUCAGCAGGUGAACAUAUCUACAUCAAUCUGAAAUGUCAAGAUGAUCAACCACCAGCUAUUCCUACGCGAACAUGUAAAUCGAUUCCAAUCUCAACUCAGUUAUCUCCGCCACCUAUUAUUUCACGUAGAAAUGAGCACAGAAAAGAUGAGAAUUGUCCUGUUGUGAAGGUGCCGAUAAACUCCAUAGAAAAAGAUCCUAGUGGCCAUGAAACAAGUUCGAAUGCAAGUACUCUUCAAACCGUCAAAGAAGUUGAAAUCAAUCAUAAUUCUAGUGAAAAUGAUAAAAACAAUCACACUGAUCGGACAAAAGCAUCUACGACGACAGCAGAGAAUCUUCCAUCUGUUACUAACGCACGUCAAUGGCGCGCAUUACAUAGUAUUCGGCGACGCCGUUUGCGUGGUUCGGUAGCUUUACGUAGUGCAACAAGAUUAUCAUCAAAUCAUAACGUACAUCGCCAGCAACAAUCACGUUCGAACGCGAAUACAACAGUUCUUCAUCCGAUGAUGACAGAUGAUCGGUGGCGCCGCACACUACGUAAACGACGACGUCAAAGAGUAGUACAAAUGAAAUUAGAUGGAAAUGACUUACACCAACAGACGAAAUCAGUACAGCCGACAUCUGAUCAUACUUAUAACGAAAUAAAGCAACCGAUUCUCCCAACUAGUGCCAUACAAGCUAAUGGGCAUAAUGGAGCAGCGGCGGGCAGUGUGCUUGAACGUGCCAUGCAAUUUAAUGGAGCAUUAAGAGAUCGAGUUUUCUCAUGGUAUCGAGGAGCGAGCAAUAAUGAUCGAGUGCAACAAGAGCAUCAACAAGCAACACCGUCACAGAUUGUUUCAACAUCUGAAAAUGGAGAAUCUGAUCAGAAAGAAAUCGCAACAAAUGGCGAUGAGGAAGAAGAGGAAGACGACCAAGAGGAAGAGGAAGAGGAAGAAGAGCAGGAAUUUUUUACACAUGAUACGUUUGAAGAUUUUCUCUUACGACGUCGUCCAAAAUCAGCUGCAUCUACUACUGCAAGUAUCACUAGCACUGUCGUUUCCCAUAUUGAUUUCGUCCCCCAACGUGCCCCUGUUCGAACACCACCGAAAAGCAAGUCUCAUCCAUCGCGUACCCUACCCCCGCCACCAGCAUUACCUCCACCUUUGCCGCCUACUCCACCACCAGCUCGUCGUUUUCCAGGUUUAGCAUUGAGUUUAGAUAAGACUGAUGUUGACUUUAUUCACAAUAUUCUUCAACGUACACGUGGUGACCAUCGAGUCUGGAAUCGGAUCACAGCACUCAAAGAAGCGUACAUUCGGGCGACAAGUAAAAAGAAUGAUCAGCCGAAAAAGCCUAAACCAAAUGAUGCUCAGAUGGAUGCGAAGAAAAAGAAAAAAGCCAUGUUGAUGAAACAUUCUUUAGCAGCAACGAAAAUCCGUGCUGAACUCGAAAAAUACGAUGAAUUACCAGCAAGUUCGGCAACAGUUAUUGACGAUGAAGACGAUUACGAUAUCACCUGUUCAGCAGAUGAUCAUCGUAAGAUGAAUUACAAUCCACAUCAUCGAUCGGCACCUACGAUACUCCCAACACCAUCAGCAGCACAUCGGGUUCUCAGUUUUGUCACUUCAAUCAAACGACGUGCACAAAGUAACGUUCAACAAUUACAAAAAAACCUACAUGAUAUCCGUUCGCGAGUGCAUACUGAGUCUUCCAUGAUUCCAUCAACUCACAUUAAUGUGCAACGUCGUGUGUCGACUGUAUCAAGACAGAAACAAAACGAACCACCAAGUACAACUCGAGUGCGUCCAUCACGAGUAGAAUCCACUUCGAACGCCAAUGCUCUAGUUCGUCGUGCGAAUAGCCAUCGUUCGGCUACUUCAACAGAACAAUCCAGUGCUUUACAUCGUCAACAAUUGAACCGCACGCAAUCGAAUGCAUCUCAGGUGCCCCAACAACAACGGCAGACGUAUCGUCAACAUCAUCGAAUCACAAAGGAUAAAUCGCCAGUUGUCGUUGAUCGAUCAGCUAGUUUAACAACUCGUCCUCCUCCGCCCGAACGGCGUUCAUCACAUCAAAUACCAAACAAAACAACAUCACAUCGACAACGUAUACUUUCCAAUGAUGAAAUGAUGGCAUCGUCAAUACCGCAUACACUCAUCCAUGCCAAUUCAACAACUAGUUUAUCAACAUCGACUGCAGAUCAAAGUUCGAAUCAUCUAUCACUUGAUCUCAAUCAAAAUCAUUUUCGUCAUGGAUUUUUUUCAACAACAACGCAUUCGUUAAGUAAUCUCACAACAUCUCGUUCAAAUGAUCAAGACAACAAUGAGAUUUUCGAAGACGCAUUGGAUACUUUUGAUGUCGAGAAUAAUCAGCAGACACACUCGAAUAAAUCAUCAGCAAAGACUUGCGAUGAGUCACCAACUGAUCUCGAUCACGCAUUGGUGGAAUGCGAACAGAUAACUCAAUUAGUAUUCGAAAAUCGUUUGAAUGAAGCUUUACGAAGAACGAAAGAACAAGAAAAUCGAUCGUUGUAUCAUAGUUUAUGUCAUAGUUCAAUAAGUUUUAUGCAAGCUGGAAUGACAUUUAAUCAAGAUGAUAUCGAAGCGACCAUCCAAGCUUUACGUCAUACAACAAAUCUGGCGAAAAAAAGUGAAUCCUAUCGUUCAUGGUUGCCGUUUGGUUUACCAGGCAAAGCUGCAAUGACAGAAUAUGAAUUACACGCCAAAUUAGUCUAUGCCGAAGCAUUAUUAAUACGAGCUUUGUUAACGUUUAUUCAAGACCAAGGAUUGUUUAGUUUCAUAAGUGGUGCUUUGAAAAUUAAAGAAUGUCACGAUUUAUUCGCAAAAUUAGCAAAAAACAAUGAUCCGUCCAGAUUUUCAUCGAAAUUAUCCUAUGAACAUUUUGAUAGCGGUGUACGAAUGGGCAACGGGGCAUUUAAUUUAAUGAUUGCUAAUCUACCACAACGAAUUAUUCGAUAUUUAGAAUUUGCAGGAUUUUCCGGAGAUAAAGAAUUUGGUUUGAAAGAAUUGGAGAAGAGUGCGACAAGUAAAGGUUUACGUGCACCUUUAUCAGCCCUUUUACUCCUUGGAUAUCAUACCUAUGCUGCUCAAAUAUUCGGAAAUGGAGACGGUGAUCUGAAGAAAGCUCAUACAUUAGUUGAAUACUAUCUGAAACGAAGUCCAACAUCAUAUUUGUUUUUGGUAUUUCGGGCAAGACUUCAAACAUUGCAUUGCCGACUGAAUGAAGCCAUUGAUACAUACGAAUAUGCCAUUCAAUGUCAAAGUGAUUGGAAAAACCUUCAUCACAUCGCGUAUUGGGAAAUUCUGUGGUGUUAUGUACUUCAAUGUGAAUGGAAACACGCAGUUGCUAUAGCUGAAAUUCUCCUAAAGGAAAAUAAUUGGAGUAAAGCUACAUCUUGUUAUCUGUUAGCAACAUUUCAAUUCGAAGAGAAUAAUGCUGUAGCUACGGAGGAAAUUAUUCAAUUAUACAAACGCGUGCCCGAACUGAAAAUUCGUCUAGCGGGUAAAUCAAUCCCAUUGGAGAAAUAUGCAAUAAAACAGUGUGAACAUUUUCUUGCGCAAAAAUGGCUCUUCCUUCCAUCCUUGGAAGUAAUCUAUCUCAUGAAUGGUUUCUAUAUUCUUGCCCAUGAUUCUAAUAAAUUACAAGAAACCCUUGAUAUUGUUAAUAAUGCAUUAAAAGAUUGCGAACUUAAUCAUCAAGAUGAUAAAUUCUAUUCGGAUAGUUAUGGAUCCGGUUUGUUACUUCGUGGUGUUUUGCUGCACUUUCUUCGACGAUACAACGAAGCUCAUGAGGCGUUCGAUCAAUUAAUCGACAUGUCCAAAGAAUUUGACGAAAAGUCAUUAUUAGCGCCGAAUGCAUUACUGGAAAAAGCCAUGGUUUACAUCGACCUCAAACAGAAAUCAAAGGCGAGCGAAUAUUUGCAAAAGGCGAUUGAAUGUAAAGAUUAUCAACUUGAGUCUCGUCUUCAUUUUCGUAUUAAUGCGGCGAUGCAAAGAUUGAAACAGAUGGAAAAUGAUUCUAGCCAAAACGACGAGUCUUGUCGAACAAUCCCAUAUUCGGAUCCGAUCGGAUCCAAUAUAGGAUUUUAUCAGAUCCUACAAGAAUUCGACGGAUCCGAUGAAAUCCUGGUGACGGAAUCGCGUUGGAUUCCGACGGUCUCGGAUCCCAUGUCGGAUCUCGUCGGAUCCGAAGCAUGA